AUGUAGUUUAUCUUGAUAAUAUGGUUUCCUAUCAACAAACUGCUUCAGUCAGGUCCGACAUGGCGACUGAAGUUGGACAAAAAAUGGAGGAUGGUAUGGAUGUAGUAUCUGAGUACAACUUGGCUGACAAUAUGGAUAAUUCAAAAUUUGGAAAAAAUAUGUCCAAUGAUAACAAAGUUGGACAAAACAUGGAGGAUGAAAUGGAUAAAUUACUGGAAGAAUUUUUGAUGCCUCCUCCUGAGACGACGCCCCGUAGUUUUGUUCUGAGGAAUAGUUUGGAAUCACUCAGGGAUGCAAGCAGCACCAGUCUUGAUAGGAGCGGUAAUUCAUCAUCAACGACGGGAAGCUGGAAUUCGUCUUGUAGUUGCCACUCGAUGUCAUCUCUGAGUCAAUCAAAGUCGGCCUUCGUUUUUCACAAGCAAGCGAUUUUGCCUCCUUUGCUGUGUUCCUCAUCGCGGACUGAGAUGAAAGUUUAUAAAAUGAAAGCAGUAGAGCGUGAACAACGACGCAAAGAGAAAGAAAAACAACGUUUGAUAUCGAGAGUCGAAGCAAUUCUGUCAAGUGUUGAGGUCAGUCCAAUGAAAAAUAAGAAGCCUCUUAUCCAAUUACCAAUCAAGGAAUCACAUACCAUCUCAGUACAACCCAUCGAAAUCCCACAGGAUCACUGCAAACAGUUGGAUAAUGCUACCGAUACUAAUAGUAACAGAGAUCUUCAAAAUGUGAGUGAUGUCAUCAGUAGUAGUCAUGACAAACAAUGCAGUGAUGAUGAAACAAUGCAAAGUGAAGAUGACAUCACACACAAACAAAACCUUUCAUAUUGUGACAUCACUGAACAAAAUAAAAGUCAUGAAAAUAACAUUACUAAUCACCAUAACUACAAUGAUACAGAAGAUUCAGAAAAUACCAGCGAUCACCAUAGCGACAGUGAUGAUGUAGCUAGUUCCGAUGACAAUGCAGCAUAUCGUUCCAGCCUACGAAAUUUACUGCAGAAAUCCAUGAAUCUCAGUCAGAGUGGAAUAGUAAAUUCUCCUUCCCAAAGUAAGAGGGAUGAAGUGGAAAAUAUUGAGCAAGAAUCAGCAACAUCUACCAAAUCCAGCUCAGAAAGUGACGCUGACAUCACUGAGAAUACAGUCGUAGAAAUGAAGACAAAAGAAGACAAAAUUUUGAGCCGAAAUGAGCAAAAUGACAAAAAUACCCCCGAUUUUGCCUCGAAUGUACGUAAAACCGAAGAGGCAACCCAAAACAACUCAAAUUUUGUCCCAGAAUCUGAAAAUUUGAGUCAAGAAGACAUCUUGGUUGAGUCCAUUGUUCAAACAGCUUUGAUAGGUGCAAAAAAUCAAUUAGACAAUGAGAAUUCUAUGAAACCAUUAUCACCAAACAAUGAUAUUUGUGAUGUUGACAAUGAUAGUAUAUUAUUUCUCAACAAUCAACUUAAUGACCUCAUAAAACAAAAUAAAAAAAUCAUCCCCAGAGUUGAAAAAACAGACAAUUCACUUCCCAAAGAUAUUAGCGAUGAAAUUUCAUCAUGGGAAACCCCCAAAAUCACAAAAAUUUCUGAAAAACCCGAAAUCAGUCCUCUGAGUGUGACUGAUUCACAAUUUUUCGAACUGCACAAUCAAAGUACGUCAACAAAAGUAAAUUAUCCACUAGAUGGAGUUAGAGAGCAAAUUUCAGAUGGGGGUUCAGAAACUCCGAACUAUUCUAACAAAAUUAAAAUCGAUUCCUCCCCAAUUUUGCCAAACGAGACUGAAAUUACCAAUCAUAAUGAAAUCGUUGAGUUACAAGGUGAAUUUUGUUACAAAUCUACAAUCAUUGAAGCAUGUCCAGUUGCUGAGGAAACGAUCAGUGAAGCGCAACAUAAUUGUGAUGAUGAUGUCACAAUUACAGAUGGCCUCACAGUUUUAAAACCUGUGAUGUCAGAUACUGUUAGUGAUGUCACAAUGACUAUAGAUGAUGAAACAAUGAAGGAAAAUUGUGAUCCAACAAUGGAGACUGGUUCUCUCAUUUCGAUUAAAAGAAGUCUCUCCUUCACGCUCGACCAGCCAUCGCCUGAAUUCGAGUCUGCGGUUAUUGAAGCAGUUAGUCAGCAUUUUCAUGGAAAUAAAGAUGAAGAAAUGAUGAAUAAGCAUUCCCUUGAUGCUGUGGGGCCUGUUCUUGAGAUCGACAGCAACGCACCCUUGGAUGAAAUAGCUGUAGCUAAAAGGAAAAUGAUGCUCCAACAACGCGUCAGGCGAGGAUCUUACACACUAGAGGAGCCAUCACCUUACUUGGUUAAGAAUAAAGAGAAUCUGAUGAUCGCACCAGAUAAUUUUGAUAACGAUUUCUGCUCCGAGACGAUGACAACAAGUACAGGAGACGUAAAGAGGAAGUUGGAUCUUCCUUCUGAUUCUGAGGAAAGUUCAAUCAGUGUCAAAGGGCAAAGGUCAAAAGUCAUGAAAGGAAAUGUCAGCAAAGCAGAACUCCAUGUCGCCAACUUGUGUCGAGUUCUCCAAGACCAACACAAACAACAAAUGAACGAAAUGAAACGGAAACAUCAGGAGCAAUUGAUGAACAUACAGAAGGAGAUUAUACAAAAACCUAAGGAUAUGUCUCUACCGCUAGAAGGUGUCGUGAGCAAACCAUACCAACCACACGAUGUCACUGUAUCACCAAGUCUAGCUUCAACGGAAUACAAAGAAAUAAGGCUCCAACCUAGAUCAAAUAUUGAAGUCCAGACACCUUAUGAACCUCAUGCCACAUCAGCUGCUGGGGAAUACCCCACUCAAUAUUAUUCUGAAGAUCCCAGUGUUGUUUCGGAAAGAUUCAAUCAUUAUGAUGCCAUAGAAUACCAGAAUGAUGCUAACUUCACAAGAUUUUCAGAAGUACAGGUGACACCAACUCUCCAUGAUAAAUUCUGCAAGUUGUCAGCCUUAUGUAAAGGACAUUUAACUCGACAAUUACUCGGAUCGAACAAAGUGCAAGAAAUAUUGCAAAUCAUAAGGGAUACGAGCAGACUGAUUCUCUCACUCAGAAUGGAAGAAAGCAAUGAAAAGAAGGAAAGUACUGAAAGUGAAGGGAAGACUGAAAAUGGCAUGAACCCUGUCAGAGAUGAAUAUCUGGAAAACAGACUAUAUAACCAGCUACGUUCAGCUAUUUAUCAGCUACAUAACAUAUUUUUCAACGUUUCUACGAAGGAGAGAAUGUACAUCAUUGCACAGUCAUGUCUUCUCGCAAGAUCUGCUGAAAAGAAAAAUCACAAGCCCAACCAGUUAUCGAUUGCUACGCAGAAAUCUCUAGAAAGGAAAAGAUUGCUCAGUUCGAAUUCUGAUGGCUCAUCCCAUCCUGUUGCCAACCAUGUAAAGACUCAUCAUAAAGAAAUUAAAAGCAAAAUUUCUCAUAUUUGGAAAACAGAGCCUGUGAAACUACCUGAGAAGAAGUCUACUAUAAUGCCCAAAGUUACAUCACAAAGCAAGAAUCAGAAACCAAUUGUGACUUCACAAAAUAAGGCAAAAUCUCAUGUGACAACACAAGCUAAACCUGUGAAACAAGGUAAGAAAGUGUCAUCUCCAACCUCCAGUGGGACAGCAGAAUCAAAGUCCAAAUCCCCUGUUGCAUCACAAUCAAGAUCUAUGACAUCACAACAAGGAAGAAAACCUACUACAUCAAUGUCAAGUAUCACAUCACAAUCAAAACCCAAAUCUUCUGUUAAGUCGCCAACCAAAAAAGUGAUGUCACAAACAACCAAUGUGACAUCACAGACAAACACAAGAGUGACAUCACAAAGACUUAACAAUACACAAAACAAUAACAAAGUGAUGUCACAAAACAACAAACCAAUGUCUAGGAAAACAGUUCAAAACAGAAAACCAGUUCCGCUCUCUAGCAGAGGAAAUUUAAGAGGACAUGUGUGAAACCACCGGGAAAAAAAUUUGCGUAAAUUUAUACAUGCGUGUUGGUUAUUUUAUUGGAACGGAAAUUGCUGUUUUGACUCUUCAACCUUACCUUACAUGAGAGAGUUAAAAUUCAGCUCAAUUCAGCAAUUUUUGUUUAUUUAAAAUUACACAAUACUUGAUAUUUUUCAUGGUUUCGGUAUUAUAUCGUAGCAUAUUAUGUAGAAAUGUUAUAUAUUCUUGUAGUUUGCAGUUCCUUUUAUGUUGCGUUUUUACUCAGUACAAGAGCCACUGACAUUUACAGAAUAUUUUGCCUUUUUAUGGGAGAUCUUUCCGAUUCUUUGCCUUCACCAAGGCUGGGGGGUUUCCAAACUGGGGGUAGCGCAAUGAAUUUUAUGGGUCGCAAAGUGUACACCAAUUUCACACAAACUACUACAUGUGUUGUAUUUUUUUAGACUUUUCAUUCGAAACACAAUAAAUAAAACUACUGCAAAACCUAAAUCUCACGAUUUCAAGAGAAUAUAUAGGAUUAGAGCAGCGGCGCGCUUGCAUAUUUCGAACUGUUCAGCAUUUCAAACAUGAAUGGGGGUAACAGUGUUAACAUAUUGGAAGGGACCACGAGCUUAUAAGUUCUGGAAGCCCUGCUCUGCACAAUUCAUUACACUUGUGGGAGUUGGGGAGCGUGGAAUUUGAACCCAAGAUUCGUAACAUGAGUUGCCAACAUGGUUCAUUCAAAAACGCCGCACACUUGGCCUCUUUAUGUUUGUAUUAUUAUUGUGUUGUUUAUAUAAAGUAGCAUAGUAUAGUAGAGAUGUUAUAUAUAUUUUUGUAGUUCAUUCAUUCUGUUGUGUUAUUUUUUUUCUUCAUUAAUUCUGUGACAUUUUAUCCAGAAGUUCGAAUCGUAAAUUUCAGUUUCUCACAGUAAAUAUUCUUACUACGUCCAAAUGGUGCUUUCAAAUAACCUCAGAAAGAGAUAAAUUUGAAUUUAAAAACCUACUUUGAACAUUCAACUUGCCUAUGCGUCAAAUCAUAAAAACAAUCCAAAUUCAUCACAUAGUCAUUACUUUUUCAUGAUUUUGAUCGUAUUUAUUUAAGAGGAGCAUAAAGACGAUAAGAUACCGUGUUUUCCCGAUUCCUUUGGAAAAAAAACACUAGGGCUUUAUUUUGGAGAUGCAUUUUAUUAUAAUUUAUCAAAAACAAAUUACAAAGGUGUGCAUUGUGAGUUUUUCAAAUAUACAAAAUUUGAAAACCGAUAUCCAUUUACUUAUAAAUAACACGUUUUAUUUAAAAUAACUGCUAAACAUAGAUUAUUAAUCAUUUGAAACGUGUAGGAGAAAUAUCUUGUUAUAAACAAGUCAAAAAGUUCCAUGUUAUCAAAUAAGUCUUAAGAGCUAUAUUAAAAUUAUUUUUAAAAUUCAGGCUAGGUCUUAUUUUCUUAAUCAUAGGGUAACUUAUCCAAUUACCUGUCCACUCCUGCGUCGCCCACUCAAUAUAUUAUUACAAAAUGAUGAUUCCUGAUGCUUAGUAGUCUUUGCUUGCCAAAAAAUAGUUCAAAUCAUAUCGAUCAAUACUCGUUGAAACAUUACCAAUCAUUGAUGUACAUUUUAUAUUUUUAACAUUUCCCUCAGAACUAGGUCUUAGGCCGGCAGAAAUGAAAUAUAGCUCCAACAUAUUUAUUUAAUCAUAUGGGUUGUGGAUUCUUGGAUCGUUCACACCCGCACCUAAUUCUUUAUUUGGAUCAUUAGCCCCACUUUUAAGUUUCCUUUUAUAAAAUAACUUUUAUAGUUUUGAAUAUAUAUAUGAAAAGAACUGCAACACCAUAAUAAACAAUCUUGACUUGCUUAUAACCAUUAGCUGGCCGAGGAAGUGCGUGUUUGAGGAUGCCGAAAUAUAAUUUCAUGAAAGACCUGACCCCAAUAAUUUUGAAAAUUUUGUAUGUGAUCUUUGGUAAAAUAGUUGAGUAGCCCUGAUAUAGACUACUUUAUAUAUACUCGUAUAUGUGGACCGAAAUUAUUCCUUGAAUUCAGCAAAAGAAGCAGUUUUUUGUGUGUGUUUUGUAGUUUAUCAUUGUGCAGUUUGAAUGAAUGAAUAUACUGUUCCGUUUUGUAAUAAAGCUUUGUUUUCUUACCA